AUUGAUGGUCCUUUCGAGUAAGACCUGAGAUUUCAGGAUAUGCAGAAUAGAUUAGGUUCUGGAUAUAUCACUUAUACAGAGUCGAGAGAGUAUACGAAGUACAUGCAGUAAAUCUCACGUAGAACAGGCACUUGAAUAUUUUCCGGAAUUCACAAUUGAGGGCGGUUCUUACGGGAUUCGGGAGAUUUUUUGGUCUGAUGGGAAGGAGACCGGGAUUUCGGUGAUUGAAACGAACAUGUUCAUUACAUUUCUUGAUUGGUUUGUUUGUUUGAGGUUAUUCGCGGAUAAGAAUGCUGGAGGAUUCGUAUAGCUUGGAGAGGUAUCGAUGACAAUCAUCUGCGGAUAUCGUUUUCCGCAAUGACUGUUGCAAUGAGUGAAUAGAGAUGGCUGUAAAAGGAAUAGAUAUAUAAUUCGUGGUUGGAAUGCAACAGUAAUCAAUUGUGCAUACACUCGUACAAAGAACUUCAACUUUCGCCUCAUCUCAUCUCAUCUCGUCUCGUCUCGUCUCGUCUGAUAUUCAGAUAUUUUAUUCAUCUCCAACAACCAAAGCGAUUCAUUCUCGCCGUACAAUCAUAACCAAUGGCAACAACCAAACCACUCGUCCCACCUUUCACCGAGGAGACCGCUCGUAUCAAGGUUAAAGCUGCACAGGAUGUAUGGAACACAAAAGAUCCCCAAGUAGUAAAGAAUGCCUAUACCGAAGAUUCUAUCUGGAGAAACCGCGAUACAUUUAUCCGCGGCCAAGAUGAAAUCGUCGAAUUUCUGAGCAAGAAGUGGGCAAAGGAGAAUGGAUACAGAUUGAGGAAAGAGUUAUUUGCAUUUACGAAAAACAAGAUAGCAGUACAAUUCUGGUAUGAGUUUCAUGAUGAGGAUGGUCAGUGGUGGAGAUGCUAUGGACUUGAGGAUUGGACGUUCGCGGAAGAUGGGAGAAUGAGGAAGAGGCAGAUGAGUGGGAAUGAUGUUAAGAUUGGAGAUGAGGAGAGGUGGUUUAAAGAGGGCGUGGAUGUUAAUGAAGUUGAGAUUUCAGAAAAACAUUGGUGAGGUGAUGGUGUGUAGUUUGUGGUUACACUGUUUGUGUGGUGUACCGAGGAAAAGAGUGUAAUCACAAUUGACACACAAUGUAUAAUCGUUUACCUCAAAUUUUUUAUUAUGGCUCUUCUUUAAGAUAUUGAUCUUCAUUCAUUAAUAUAUUAUAAUA